CCCCUUUUAGAGAAAGGAGCCUUUCCAUGUGUACUGUCCUUCAUACUGUCGAUUUUUUUUCUGUUCCAGCCUCUGCAUAACCGUUAAUUAUCUGAAAAACCCUAUUUCCCCAAAUCGAUGAUGAAAGGUUCAAAGCGUUUGGCUGUGUCAGAGCCCAACCAGGUCGAGAGUAACGAAGCACCGAUGCAGUUCCGGAAUAAAAGAAUAAUGGAAGGAUCCCUCUUUGAUGUUCAUAGGGCUGAACCAUCUCAACAACCAACGGUGACAGCACCACCAUUGGAUAUGAAACGGGCAGAGUCAUCACAGCAGCAUGUGAGAGCUUUAAAUACCCAAUUUGCAAGUUGGGUUCAAACGCAACUAAAGAAUCAUCCGGAUGAGCUUUGGGAAGACGGUGUGAGAGAUUACUUAAAUCAUGCUUCAAGCAUUAUGGAAAAGUUCAGUGAUGUUGUCAACUGGCUCAAAGCAAAUGCAUCCAAGCCAGAAAAUUCAGUUGCUGAUGCUGGUGCUGCUUUUUCUGCGAAAAAACUCUUGCCUGAAGUAGUAAACAAAGAAAAUAAAUCUUUUGGAGAAAAAACUGGGUUUACUCCUGUUACAACUCCUACAAGUUUUUCUAGUUCAUGGAGUCCUGGAUUAUUUUCAAGCAGUCAAAGCAUUUUUGGAUUUGGUAACCAAAGUUCAGCUCCCUCUAACCACAAGGCUUCAGUUGACGUAGAUGAAGAAAAUGAAUUGGAGCAGCCUAGCAGCCCAUCAGUUAAGAAGACAGAAGAGAAAGGUGUAGCUGUUGUACAUGAAGUAAAGUGCAAGCUUUAUGUGAAGUCGAGUGAUCCAGCAGAUAAAGAUGUAUGGAAAGAUAAAGGAAUGGGUCAACUGUCUAUUAAAUGCCAAGAAGGUGUCAGCAAGGCUACCAAAGAAUCAAAACCUACAAUUAUUGUUCGAAAUGAGGUAGGAAAAAUUCUUCUCAAUGCCUUGUUGUAUCCAGGAAUCAAGACGAACCCGCAGAAGAACUCUCUUGUUGCAAUAUUCCAUACUACGGGUAAUGCUGACGGAAGUGGGGAUAACGAUAGUGUAGUUGCACGCACAUUCUUGAUCCGAAUGAAAACAGAAGAUGAUCGAAAUAAGCUGGCUUCAACAAUCCAAGAAUAUGCUCCAGUAUCUUGAGAGUAUUGGAGUCAUGCUUAUUGCCAUUUGAGGUAAAGGGAUACUGAGUCCAUCGUCAAUUUUCCUUUCACAAAUAUUUAUUUUUGUAAGGUGUUAUUUCUUAGAUUCUGAUUCCAAACCUUGUGUUUGGAGGCUGUUGCUUAUGUACCAUAUGAGAACACUGUAGUUGCCUUUUGUCGGAAAAACUACCUUAGAUAAAUGCAAUCGAUCUUUUUCGUUAAA